AAUCAGCAGCGCACUCAAACAGGUGGAUAAAAAUGCCUAUUUUAUUCCAAAGCCUCAAAUCUGCAACAUAUAACAAUAAACCGUAAAGAAGACCUUUCAUCUAUAACUAUAACUAUUUAAGAUUACAAGUUUCAUCCAUCCCACUUUUAUGAACGAUGAACAAAACCAGCACAAACAGCACGACGCUGCGCUCAAGUCAUCACUUUUACGCACGUCUGUUUUUGUGCCAAAUAAAGAAACACAGCAGAAUGUGACAGCUGUCGGCCUGCACUAAGAAACCCGAGACGGCAGCCUCUGAAAGGCCCAAUCCCGGAAUUCCCACAGACCCCUAAGCGCUUCAGCAGACCACCACACCGACACUAGGAAAGAUACCAGCAGCAGCAGACAGACAGAAGUAGAAGUGACUAAUAUGUCGGAUAUCAUAACGUAUCAUGGUUGCAUUUUGCGCACAAGAAGUGUUGCCGUUGCUUUAUUUGAUCCUCGCUCCUCUGACAGCCGCACAAUAUGAAAACUACAGUUUCAGAAAAUUCACCAAAGAGGAGCUCAUGCCCCUCACCAAUGCGUACGGACUCGCUUUGGACCAUUACGCAGCAGAGAAGUGGACGGAAUCGGUAGAGUAUUUGGAACUGAGCUUGCGCCUGCACAGGCUCCUUAAAGACAGCGUGAGAUUCUGCGUGCUGCACUGUAAUAGCAGCAAACACGAAGAACCGUCCUGUGCAGGAAACCCGGAGCUGCGCGUCUACUGGCACGUUAUGAUGAGAGCGUCCUGUCAGAAGAAGUGCAGGGCUCACUUCCCCGCGCUGCAGCUCCCUCCCCCCGGCAGACAGAUCCUGGAGGACUUCAGCAGAAGAUCUCCCUACAGAUAUCUGCACUUUGCGUACUACAGGCUGAAUGACCUGCAGAGGGCCGUCCCUUGUGCCUACACCUUCCUCCAGAAGAACCCCGACGACCAGGAGAUGCACAGACUGAUGGAGGAGUACAAGAGCCAGUACGACCUGAGCGGCUACCUCACCGACCAUGAAGAGCAACCGUACGAGGACCCCUUCCUGAGAGGAGUGAAACUCAUCGGUUCGGGUGACCACAGCAGCGGUGUGGAGCACAUGGAGAAAGCUCUGAGGCUCUACCUCCACGAGUAUGACCUCUGUCAGGCGGACUGCGAAGGGAUCAGUCAACUCUCAGACGGUGACUUCUUUGCAAUCUUAGCAGAUGUCUACGUUGACAUAUUACAGUGUAAGCUGAAGUGCGAAGAAAAUCUGAUGCCUAAUGUUGGGGGAUAUUUCGUGGAGAAAUUUGUGGCCACCGUGUACCACUACCUUCAAUACGCCUACUAUAAGUUGAACGAGGGCCGCAGGGCGGUGCCCUGUGCGUACAGCUACUUCCUAUUUGAACCUGAGGAUCAGGUCAUGGAGCAGAACAUAAAGUAUUAUAAAGCCUACAGUGAACAGUGGGGCCUUCAGCCUGAGCACUUCACACCCAGGACGGAAGCUCUCAAACACUACAACCAGACUGUCACUCAAAAGCAGAUGCUAACGUUUGCAGAGAAAUACUCAGAGUUGGAUGUUGAGGAUUUCCUUGGACCAGAGGAAGCUGUACUUUUUGCCGCUGAGUCUCCUGAUGUCGAGUUUGAAGGGAUGGGAGACUACGAGGAGUCCAUGUAUGCUGACUGGAGGCAGCCGAAAGGCAAAGGAGACGCUGGGGAGUCAGAUAACUGAGAGAGAGAGAGCUGAAAAGCAAGGAUUUACACCACAGCAGAUUGUAAAAUGUUUGUCUUUUUAUACUUUUGAUGAGUCAGUACUCGGAUGAAGAAGUGCAGGCCUUUUCACAUUUCACUUUCACUCUUCUGUCCUCAGUUUCUCAUUUGUAUCCAUCCACUCGGUGUUUUUAAGGAAAUAAAAGUCAAUUCUAA